CAGUUGAUUCUAGUCGGACUAGUUUUCCAUUCAUCUCUGCAGCAAUGGCAGCGUUUAGGACGGCACUGUAUGGACGCUUUCUUCAGCCUCUCCCUCUGUCCUUUGGGUCAUUACGGUUUGCCAGUUCCUCCUUCAAGGCUGCAGAUCUCAUCAUAGAGAGGAACCCUGUACCGAAGCCAAAGCCAGAUCCUUCUACCCUUGUAUUUGGCAAGCAGUUUUCAGACCACAUGUUGACCAUCUAUUGGUCUGCAACUAGAGGAUGGGAGGUUCCUCAGAUUAAGCCUUUCCAGAAUCUGUCUCUUCACCCUGCUUCCUCAGCCCUGCAUUACUCCAUAGAGCUCUUCGAGGGCAUGAAGGCAUUCCGGGGAGUAGAUAAUCUCAUCCGUCUCUUCAGGCCCAUGUUGAAUAUGGAGCGCAUGUACCGCAGUUCUGAAAGGAGUUGUCUGCCUUUGUUUGAUAAGGGCGAGCUGCUGAAAUGUAUUAAGAAGCUGGUUGAGAUUGACCAAGAAUGGGUUCCUUACUCCACAGAUGCCAGUCUAUAUAUCAGACCUACAUUUAUAGGAAUCGAGCCUUCUCUAGGUGUGUCUCGAGCAGGCCAUGCUUUGCUGUUUGUCAUUGUUGGACCUGUUGGACCUUAUUUUGCCACUGGAGGAUUUAGUCCAGUGUCCUUGCUGGCAGAUCCUAGUUUUGUCAGGGCCUGGAGGGGAGGUGUUGGAGAAUACAAGAUGGGAGGGAAUUAUGGACCAACAAUCGCUGUUCAGAGUGAGGCGGCGAAGAAGGGCUGUCAGCAGGUCCUCUGGCUGUAUGGAGAUAAUGAGGAGAUCACUGAGGUUGGAACCAUGAAUCUCUUCAUCUACUGGACCACAGAGAAAGGAGAGAGAGAGCUUGUCACCCCUCCACUAGAUGGCAUCAUUCUUCCAGGAGUCACCAGACAGUCUCUGCUGGACCUAGCAAGAGAAUGGGGGGACUUCAAAGUGACAGAGCGCAAAGUAGUAAUGAAGGAGCUGAUAAAUGCUUUAAAUGAGGGCCGAAUUCUGGAAGUCUUCGGUUCUGGCACGGCAUGUGUGGUGUGUCCGGUUGGCAGUCUACUCUACAGAGGCCAGACCUACCAAAUACCUACAAUGCAGAAUGGUCCAGAUCUUGCAAAAAGAUUCCAUAAGGAACUCACUGACAUGCAGUAUGGAGUCAAGCAGAGGGACUGGGCACCACUGGUUGUCUAGCUAAUAUCAGUCUGGAAGAUUGUCAGUUCUCAUGUCUAAAACCUUUUAUUAUGUGUGUUUUUGUGUGUGGAUUUAGAGAGAUGGAUGUUAUUCUACAGUAACAAACUUUUUAAAUGGAAAUUCACCUAUUAAAUAUGCAGUCUAAACAACCUUACAUCCUGCUUGCUUAGAGAGCCAUAUGGCACAAUUUGUAGCACUAGAGAUUAUCCUUUUUAACCUUUUGAGCACAAGCUUCAUAAACCAUGUGUAUGCAACUAAUCUUAAAGGCGUUAAUAUAUUCUUCUUGCAGUAGUGAAGGAGCUUGUUGAUAGAUCUUCAUGGAAUGGAGUUUUUUGUUUGAAUCAGUUUCCUUAUUGUCUUCUAAAAUGGCUGAACAUUUUUCUUCAACAUACACUCACCAGCCACUUUAUUAUGUACACUUGUACAUACAUAUUCAUGCGAUUAUCUAAUCAGCCAAUGGUAUGACAGCAGUGUAAUGUAUAAAAUCACACAGAUACGGGUCAGGAGCUUCAGU